AUGGCCUUUCACCAUGAGUGGACCUGGUACAAUAUUUAUUACCCCAACCCGGAUGCUGCCAUCUGUCGUCUGGGAAUGGAUGAGGACGAGUGGCACAGGUCAACUACGCGGAAGAACACGCCAUGGUUCAAGGACUCAGAUUCCUGCACAAUUAUGCUGAACAAUCGCAGAAAUCUCAUGCCGGACGCUAUUGCCUAUAACACCUUAAUUGAUCAGCAAAAACCCCAGAACAGAAAUGCUGCCCCAGAGUUUAACUACGAAAACUUUUAUAGACUGUUGCACCAGCGAAAGCAGCUUGUCCGAUGUGGUCUCCUGCCCCCAGAGUUACCUGACCCUUACCCGCCUUGCUAUAACUUCAAAUAG